AUGUCAAACCCUCAAGAUAAUCCAGGCACUCCUCCACCACCAUCCCCUUCUGGUUCCUCCACACCUCCUCCACCCAGUACAAACCCCCAGCCUAAGAAAAAAUGUGUCAAAAUGCUCGCUCGAAAAAUUGUAGCCACAGGUGCACUGUUGAAGAGAUUAAACGCACAAUUAAAGGCUAGCCAAGCCCAAGAAUCCAAACACUUAGACUAUUCCUUCAAAUCUGCAAGUGAGGGGGAAGGACCUGCGUCUUUUGACUCUGAGAAGAUUCAGAGUUCUACUUCUGAGGUACGUUCUGUAUUGGUUGAAAGUGUAAAAAAUAGGUUUGUUCUUGUUGGGACUGUUAGAGAUGUGGAAAUGCCUGAAUUGAGAAGGAGAGGAGAUAAAAAUAAAAAUGAAAGAGAGAAAAAGAGAGAGGGUGCAAGCAGUGAUGUGAGGGGAACAGGGGUAGACAUGGUUGAUUCGUCACCCACCUCUGAGAUGAUUAGACCAGCAAUUUGUGGGGCUGAGGUAGAAAUUGUGGGAGAAAGUGGCAAGAACACAGGGGGAAGUGGAUCAGGGGAGGUUGUUGAGGACCUUCUGAGGAAAGUAGAUGCCAGUUACAAUCCUAAGAAAAGAAGAACUCCAACGCCCAAGAUUCCAAGCACUACAAAGAACACCAAGAAAAGAAAGGCCAAUUCCCUAACAAUUGCUGAAAUUCCCUUGCCAAAAGGGAGAGACACAAGAAGUAUGAUAAAACAGAGUGAGAGUGAAUUACAAAAGCCUUUAGUUAAAAGCAAAAAGAAGAGAAUAGAUAAAGGAAAAGCAAAAGUUGCAGAGACUUCUAAGGUUAUUUAUGUUGAGGAGAUGGAACAGGUCCAUCAGGAGGAACAUACAACUGUGGAGGUUCAGACCUCCAAGACUAAAAAGACCAAGACCUCUUCUAAGAAGUCUUCAUCAGGCUCUAAGGCUGCUGAAUCUUCAUUAGCCAAGAGGACAAGGUCUGCAAUGAAAAACAAACCAGUUAGAAUUACUGAAGAUGAGGAAUGGAGUGGUGAAUAA